AUGCCAACACUCUGUGUUCCAUUUCAGCCCUCAAGAUUGUUCUUAGUUGUGCAGGUGGUUGAGGCGCGCGAGCUAGCAGACAAAGAUGUAAAUGGUCUAAGCGAUCCCUAUUGCGUCCUUGGAAUUGUACUGGGAUACGAUGAAUUUUCAACGUUGUCUUCGCAAGCUUCGAUUUCCAGCGAUAAUAUUGGGGGUUUGUUGCAAUUAGGCACGGAACCCACUGGUGCACUAACCGUACGGCGUUCCCGAGACUCGAUAAUUCGCCACAUGAUCACACAGGAUUCUGCAAGUCCAGUUUGUACGGCAGAUGCAGAUGUCCUUCACAAACGACUGGCUUUUAAGGGCCAUCGGAAGCCAGUAAAAGAUGUGCGUCGGACAUCGGUGAAGCUACAAACACUAAAUCCCUUUUGGGAUGAGCGGUUCCAG